UUAGAUAGGAUUUUCAAAACCUUGAAAAUAUUUUUAAAUGAAGUCGAAUUUAAUAAAUAAUUUUAAUCAAAUAGCGUAACUCACAGCCAGAUGAGAAGGGUUAAUAAUUAUUGGUAUACAUUGAAUUGGUAGUAGGUUUUUGGUUCAUCCUCUUCUCUUGCUAAAACUCAAGGGGUAGGAAAAGAAAAAAAAAGAGGAAUAUGGAAGAAAACUAAAAAUCAGAAAACGUACGGGCUAAAAUAUAGCACGCCGGCGACCCGACCCGCUAAAGUUACGCUCCGUACAUCCACGAUCUCCGGCCGGCGCUAUCUUCGCCCGUAUCAUCAAUACUCGAACAUAUUUUAAUACCAGAGGUAUAUCAUGGAGAAGGUUGUAGCAGAGCUUGGUCGUUAAACUAAUGGCUGGAUUGAAGCGAAGAGCAGAGCAGGGGAUUGUCAAAGGAUGUUCAGCUGUAGAACCAGGGAGAUCUCUAUUUGGGAAAUAUUCUGAUGUAGACAUGCUUUUUCAGCUCAAAAGAAUUGCUCUGAAUCCAUGUGAUCCAGAAGUUAGCUUCAAAAAAUGUGGAUCGUUAUUGAACCAAACACUAAGAGUUCGGGAAGCCUUGACAAUUAGCCAGACUAAGAGUUCGCGGAGGAAAAGAAAGUUCCAACUCUUGGUCAAAGAGAAGUUGAGAAACACUCCCAAUCUUCCAUUGGAGGUAUUUGAAAAGGAAACUGAAGGAAAAAAGAAGAGAAAGCAGUUGUCUCAUAUGUCUACUGCUUCAUGCUUUCAUGACUCUGUCAAAUCCAAAAGUUUCGACAAAAAUGCUAUCUUGACUUCACAUAGCGCAAAAAGCUUGGUAUCGUUUGAGGACACCCUCCAAGAGCGAGUAUUUCCAGAAACGUUACUGAAUGCUGUAGAUAUGGGGCCUCCUGCCCACUAUAUUUCUCCUGUAGUUGACUCUGAUGAAUCUGUAAAUGGUGUAGACCACUUGAGCUCAGUGGACCAAACCUUAAAUCAUAUUGAAGCACCCUUACAAGACACGAAUGAAGUGAUUCACAAUUCGAAGUCAUUGGCUAUGAAAGGAACAAGGAGCAGACAUCUUCAACCACCACUUAGGUCCAUUAGGUUAAUGGGCUUGACUGGUGAGGACUCGCAGAAGAUGGUUGUUCCAGUAGGGCCUCGCUUUCAAGCUGAAGUCCCCGAGUGGACUGAACCACUUGGCCAUGGAAAAGCUGAUAGUGCUGAUGGUGUUUCUGAUGAUUCCAGAUGGCUGGGUACCAAAGUCUGGCCUAUUGUAACUGAUAAUGCAAGCCAAGCUACAAGUGCAGUUGGCGAAGGCAGAGCAGAGGCUUGCACUUGCCAAGUUCCAGGCUCAGUUGAUUGUGUUAGAUGCCAUGUUAUCGAGCAAAGAUUCCUUCUGCAAUGCGAUCUUGGCCCUGCAUUUUCUGCCUGGAAAUUUGACGAAAUGGGGGAAGAGAUGGUGAAGUCAUGGACAGUCAAAGAACAAAAGACUUAUGAGCCGUUGGUGAAUAUGGAACUACACUCAAAUGGAAAGAAGUUUCUUAAGCAUGCCUUGAAGUCCAACCGUUCCGAAUAUAGGAAAACUGCCAUACAGUAUUACUUCAAUGUCUUCCUCCCAAGACGUAUUAGUAUGCAAACAAGGUCGUCAUCUGUUGAGUUAGUUGACACUGAUGAUGACACAGACGAUUCUAGUUGCUUGCAUUUGCCUAAUAACAGAUGUAAAUGCAAAAGUGUUAAUCCCGAGAGGUCCUAUGGUGCAAAAAAAACUCGAUACUUGCGUGUCAUGACAUGAUGUUUAGGACUUAAAAAUCAGAAAACUAUGUGUUUAAAAGCUUUCAGAAGUUUUUCUUUGUUAUUAGCGUGUACUCCAUACUUCAUUUCUUCUUAGGCAUUUAGUGCAAGUCACCCUCCUGCCAAGUAGGGAUUUUUUAAUGGUUUCAUUUCAGUCAGAUUAUGAAUGAACUGGCUACAACAGU